AUGGAUUAUUAUUUAAGUAGAUUGCCUGGCGUUGGCAGAUUUACGGGUCCACGACAUUUCCAAAUCUUCAAGAAUCUUGCACCAUCAUUAGCACUAUUCGGUGGAUCAGUUGGUCUCUAUUUUCUUUACAUAACCGAUUGGAAAGUCACAAAUACAAAUAUUCCAAUUUAUGGACGUAAAUUCGAAGAAAUGAAACGAGCAGCACUGAUCGAGAAACAUGGACAAAAAGCUGUCGAUGACGGAACAGCUUCGGACGAUUAG